CUUACAGUUCAUUGUAUCUUGAAGGCAUACAUUGAUUAUCCGACUCAGUCUAGUCACUCUUUACUUACUGUUCUACUUCGCGAGGAUAUAGAACUCGCCAUGUCGACUUUAGCUGCAGAUAUAGCAGCUCGAAGCGGCCUCAGUGGCUCUGCUGACGGACCCAAAGAACCAAAGGAUGAGGAUGGCAGUAUAGCGCCAGAACUAAUUAUGUUUUCUGCAAACAAUCUCACGUCAUUGAACGAGCAGAUGAAGGUUUACAGUGAAUACGCAAUGGCGCACCCAGAACUCAUUUCCGAUAUUGCCUACACUCGAGCGAUUCGACAAGAACCUUCCAAGUAUCGUGCGUUUACGAUCUUAGGCGCCGGUGCCAAGAUGCUUAGCACUGCGCCCCAUACAGAGACCUCUUCUGCGCUACCUUCUUCCAUUGUGAUGGUAUUCAACGGCCAAGGGGCUCAAUGGGCAGGUAUGGGAAGAGAACUUCUCCAAUUUGAAGAAUUUAAGAACGACAUAAAGCGUAUGGACGCGAUCUUGCGAGUAUUGAAGAAUCCACCUACUUGGACUAUCGAAGAGGAGAUGCAGAGACUGGCUGAUGAUCCUCUUUGCCGGAUCGAUUCUGCGGAUAUCGCUUGUAUGCUCACCAUCACUCUGCAAAUUGGGCUUGUUCAUCAAUUUGAACGAGUGGGAGUAAAGCCCGAGGCCGUUGUUGGACAUUCUAGCGGCGAGAUCGCUGCAGCCUACGCCGCCGGUCUUCUGACUCUCGAUGAGGCCGUUACUGUCGCCUACUACUAUGGCUAUGUUGCCGCGAUGUGCAAAUCCGACGGGGCUAUGGCAGUUACUGGUCUCAGUGCAGAGGAGACGGCUCAGUUCUUACGUCCUGGCGUUGUCGUGGCCUGUGAAAAUAGUCCCUCAAGCACGACGAUUUCUGGGGACCGCGGCGCUGUGGAGGAAGUGGUUGCUUCAAUCCAUAAGUCUAGACCACAGGUUGUUACGCGGAAGCUACAUGUCAAUACGGCAUUCCACUCACAGCAUAUGGAAAUAGUCUCUGGCAAGUAUUUAGCACUGCUAGAGGCUGAACAAAUGACCCCGACGGAGAAAACAAAUCGACAAGCUGUUUUUGUGUCAAGCGUUAGCAGCGGUAUUAUUAGCGACGCAAUUGCUCCUAGUUAUUGGGCGACCAACCUGACGUCGCCUGUUCGCUUCUCCUCUGCUGUUGAGUCUGUUCUCAGUACUGCUCCUAAUAGCCUGUUCCUCGAAAUUGGACCUCACUCUGCUCUCUCCAGUCCGCUCUCUCAAAUUUGCAGUAAUCUCAGUAUGCCUUGCAAGUAUGUUUCUUCUCAAUCUCGAGGAAACAACUGCCGUGUCAGUUUUCUAUCUGCAGUUGGGAGACUAUGGCAGGCAUCUGUGGCAUUAAAUCUCAACCCUUUAUUUACGGGAAAAGCAAUCUCGGAAUUGUCUCAGUAUCCGUGGAACUACACCAACUAUAGCAAAGAAAGUUUAUCAGCGGCCGAAGUUGUGAUUCUUUCGCCAAAGGAUAAACGAAGUCGAUUGAUCUCGGAAGCAGCAUCCAUAAUGCUUCCAGCAAACUCAGCUACCGAAGUACCAAAGACGGAGCUAGAGCUGGUUCUGCGGGCUCUCUGGGCCGACAUCCUUCGCAACGUGCUUCAAGUUUCCAUGGCGGAUAUUGGAAGGCAACAUAACUUUUUCUCCCUUGGUGGUGAUUCUUUAACAACAACUGAGCUCGUCACGGCCGCCUAUAAACAUGGGAUACGUUUGUCUCCGGUAGACAUUGUGCAAAACCCCGAGCUCUGGCAGAUGGCCGCCGUGGCGUACAUUGAUGAGGCUGAGAUAAGUGGAGAAGUCGUUCCGUUCAGCCUGAUUCAGAAAGAUGGCGCGGAGAGCCUCAAAAUCGAAAUUCAACAUAAGUGCGGAUUGCAAACUGACAGUAUCGAGGAUAUCUACCCCUGUACACCUCUUCAAGAGGGAUUCUUAGCCUUGGGUCUCAAACAGCCUGGUAGCUAUAUACAUCGUCAAGUCUAUAGGCUGGAACCCCAAGUCGAUAUUGAGCGGUUUGUGGAUUCGUGGAACAAAGUCAUAAAAUAUUGUGGCAGUCUACGAUCAAGAAUUCUUAUGCUCAAUUCGAAUGCUUUACAAGCUGUCAUCACAACUGAUGAUGCCUGGGAGCAUCCUGUGUCGGGCGUUGAUGUUGAUACCUAUUUACAUACUACGCAAAGUAUUCCCAUGAGCUAUGGAGACCGCCUAAGUCGAUAUACACUGCUCUAUCAGGAUAACGGUGAAGUUUAUUUCAUCUGGAUUGUUCACCACGCAGUAUUUGAUGGCCUUAGCAUGAAGAUAGUUCUUAAUGCUCUCCACAAAGUUUAUAACGGCGCUGAACUUGCCCUGUCGCCUUACUCAAAUUUUAUUCGGUACAUCAAGUCGCUUGACUCUAACGCUUCAGGCUUAUACUGGAGAAAAGAGAUGGAAGGGGCGCAACGAUCUCAAUUUCCCGCUGCUUCUACUUCUGUGAAAUCUCAGGAUCGUGUGUUCAGGAGAUCUAUACCAUUCCAGAACCCCAAGGCAUCGAUCACUGCAGCAACUAUAAUCCGCGCUGCUUGGGCCCUGGUUCUCUCUCAGUACUGUGUUUCCGAUGAUGUGUGCUUCGGUAUGACCUUAUCAGGCAGGCAGGCCCCAGUUCCAGAAUUGGACAAUAUUCCAGGACCAAUGAUAGCGUCAGUCCCCGUGCGCGUCAAAAUUGACCGAGAGAUGCCUGUGUCAAAGUUCCUCCAGCAACUACAAUCGCAUGCUGCAGAGAUGGUCGCCCAUGAGCAAUUUGGGCUUCAAAAUAUCGCUAAACUGGGCCCAAAUGCGAAGGAGGCAUGUGAUUUUGCGAAUUUGCUGGUUAUUCAGCCCAUUCAGCACCUCUCUUCAACUGCCUGUUCUGCAUUAGAUGCAAUUCUCCAACAAGGAUCAAAAGAAAUGGCAAUAUCUGAAGAAGCUAUGAAAAACUACUUCAACUACCCGUUAGUUCUGCAAGCCUGGGUGGGGGAUGGCUUCAUCGACCUCCACGUCACAUACUAUGAAGACAUCAUGGUCCACGGUCAAGUAGAAGCAUUAGCAAAUCACUUCGAACACGUCACUCAACAGCUUCUUGGCUCGGAAGACGUUUCUUUAAGACAUAUUACAGGCACUAGCUCGUGGGACAUCCAGCGCGCCAUAGAGUAUAACAACGAAGAGCCAGACAUCAUUUCUUCGUGCAUUCACCAGGUUGUUGAAGAACAUGCUCGAGAACAUCCGGAUACAAUGGCUGUCUGCGCUUGGGACAUGAAGCUCUCUUACAGCCAACUUAAUAUUGCUGCUAAUAGGCUAGCAAGCUACCUUCAUCAUGACUUCGCAGUCAAACAAAAUGACAUUGUUCAUGUUUGCUUCGAAAAGACUGUCUGGUUCUUUGUUUCCGUACUGGCAAUUAAUAAGGCUGGAGCUGCAUGGGCCCCCUUGGACCCCUCACAUCCGAUUAAACGCCAGCAAGAAAUUGUGUCCCAAACAAAGGCAAAGCUGGUGUUAACUUCCCCUAACAGCGUUGGACUAUGCCAUGGCUUGGUCGACAACGUCAUUGAAGUUUCUUCCACCCUGGAUGAGACGCUGAAGUCGAGACAGCAAGAUAGUCAAAAUCUACACCCGGUUUCCCCAAUUGCCGUGGCUUACGUUCUUUUCACGUCUGGGAGCACAGGAACACCAAAGGGCUUGGCGAUGCAACAUAAAGCAGCUUGUACGAGCCAGACUGCUACUGUUAAGAGAGUUGGCAUGACACGAGAUGCUAGAAUGCUCCAAUUUGCAUCAUUCGUUUUCGAUAUGUCAGUUGGAGAAAUGCUAGGUCCCUGGAUUGCUGGUGCUUGCAUUUAUGUGCCAUCUGAAGAGACUAGAAUGAACGGGCUGGCCGAUUACAUUCGCUCUAUGGACAUUACUUGGAUGUAUUUAACCCCUUCAUUCUCGCGCACAGUAAACCCGGAUACAAUCCCUGGCGUUCAGGUGUUGGUUCUCGGGGGGGAGAUGGUUGGCCGUGAUAUUCUGAACACAUGGUUUGGAAAGGUUCGUCUUAUCAACGGAUGGGGCCCAACUGAAACCUGCGUGUUUAGCACGCUGCAUGAGUGGACAUCUCUCGAAGAAUCGUCGUCUACGAUUGGAAGGCCUGUUGGUGGCUUUUGCUGGAUUACUGAGGAUUCAAACCGACUAGCGCCCAUUGGAGCUAUCGGUGAGAUUGUUAUCCAGGGCCCGACAAUUCUAAAGGAAUAUCUUUCGGAUUCUGCGAAAACCGAGGCAGCUAUAACGGAGUCACUACCUGAUUGGAUGCCGAAGCGCCAUUCCGAGGGUUGGAAUAGACUUUACAAAACUGGCGAUUUAGGCAAAUACAAUCCAGACGGAACCAUAGAGUUUGUCUCGCGCAAAGAUACACAAAUAAAAAUUCGAGGCCUUCGCGUGGAAUUGGGCGAAAUAGAGUACCAGCUCAAAAUAAACAUUGAGGGAGCCAGCCAGAUUAUGGUGGACAAGAUCACCACAGAGGUUGGCUCCAGUUUAGUUGCCUUCUUUUCUUUCAGCAGCGAAACAAGAAUGAUGGCAAUGGAUAGUAUUACUGACGAGGGGGCCAAUGAUAUCUUUCUUCCAUUGACGAGUGACUUGAAAAGUCGAAUCGCCUCCACGGUUGGACAGCUUUCGGUGACACUUCCGCGGUAUAUGAUACCGUCAUUCUUUAUCGAAUGCCGAUAUAUGCCCUCAGUGUCUUCCACGAAGUUGAACAGGCGUAUGUUGAAGCGUUUAGCUGAAUCUCUAGACCUCAAAAGCCUUUCGACUUAUUCAUUAGUCAAAUCCAUCAAGAACGCACCGGAAACCGCAAUGGAGAGUAGAUUGCAAGCAAUUUGGGCUAAAAGGUUAAAUGUACCACUCGAAUCUAUAGGACGAGACGAUAGCUUCUUGGAACUAGGGGGAGACUCCAUCGCUGUCAUCCAUUUUGUGGCUGAAGCCCGCCAAGCGACAAUAUCGCUCACCGUCAAGGAUGUCUUCGAUGACCCACGGCUCUGGAAAGUAGCCUCUAUUGCAGAUAACGCAAACUCAGAGUCGGACUUGGUUUCUCAAAUCCCACCAUUUAGCUUGCUUAACCUUGACCUGCUGGAUACCAAUGUCAAAGAGGAACUCCUCAGUCAGUGUGGCAUAACUAGUUGGGAUAUGAUAGAAGAUGCAUUCCCCUGUUUGGCACUACAAGAAGGGUUAAUGGCCAUGACUGCUAAGCAAAGAGGUGCUUACAUUGCAAAAAUGGUCUUCAAGAUUGCUCAGAAUGUUGAUAUUGACCAUUUGAAGGCUUCUUGGGAGCGUACGGUCGCUAUUUGCAGCAACUUACGCACUAGAAUCUUGGCGUUGGGCGACAGAUCAAUCCAAGUCAUUGUCAAAGAGGCUUCAUUAUGGGAAAAUACGGAUGGCUUGAGCAUGGAUGCCUUCCUCAAGCGUGCAAAUGAUAUCCAUAUGACCUAUGGAACACGACUAUCACGUUUCGCACUCGUUCGAGAUGCCAGCGGUGACAAAUAUUUUAUAUCCAUUAUGCAUCAUUCCAUAUUCGACGGCUGGUCAUUGGAUCUUAUGGUCCGCGCCUUCAGCGCAAUAUUUCACGGCAAUAACGCACCAAGGCUGGACUCAUACUCCAGGUUUGUGAAAUAUGCACUUGAUGCCGACUCAAAAAGCUCAGAGAGCUAUUGGACAACGCAAUUGUCAGGUGCUAGCCGAGCUUCGUUCCCCCUGCCGAUGGAUGGCAUGUCUGCUCAUAAGUCUGAGAAGAAGAUGGGUGUCUCAUCACGAGAUAUCGACCUUUCGCCAUUAACAAACAGUUCUAUCACGAGAGCAACAUACCUUCGAGCUGCUUGGGCCAUUCUUCUUGCACGAUACUGUGAUACAGACGAUGUCUGUUUUGGUGUCUCCGUAUCUGGCCGUAACGCUCCUGGUGCGGAAAACGUUCUUGGGCUGGUUGUCUCAACGCUUCCUAUUCGAGUUCGUUUGGAUCCAAACCAAACUCUGUUAGAGUUCCUGCACAAUAUUCACAAGCAGUCCAUUGAUAUGGUAGCGCAUGAGCAAUUUGGGUUGCAAAAAAUUGCUAAAUUGAACUCUGAAGCAAAGGAGGCCUGUAACUUUUCCAGCCUGUUCGUCAUUCAGCCAAAGGAACUGGUGAGCAGCUCCAGUGAAGAGGAAGCCAUCUUUGUCUCCACUAGAGCAGAACAACGGUUAGCUUGGCAAUCAAUGACGGACUAUUUCAGCUGUCCACUUAUUGUUCAAUGUCAUUUGAAUGAUGAUACAGUUGACUUGGAACUUGUAUACGAUACGGCUAUUAUAUCCGAAUUCCAGGUUCAGGCACUGCAUAAUCAACUGGACCACGUAGUCCAGCAACUUAUAUCAUCUAGUGAAGAGAAGAUGCUCCGCAACGUAUCUAUAGCGGGGCCGUGGGACUUACAGCAAGCCAUGGAUUGGAAUGCCCAUGACAUCGUAGUCGAACAAGACUGUUUACAUGAUGCUGUUUCAAGACAAGCUGAGUCAUGCCCUGAUGACGAAGCAUUGUACUCCACGGAGUUUUCGUUGACGUAUGCUUCACUUGAUCGUCUUUCUAAUCAUGUGGCCUAUCAGCUAUUACAGCACGGUAUUCAGCCCGAAUCAAUAGUGCCUUUCUGUAUGGAGAAAUCGAUAUGGACUGUGGUCGCCAUGGUUGGUAUCAUGAAAGCAGGUGGUGCAUUUAUGCCUUUAGACCCCUCGCAUCCGAAAGUGCGAACAUGGGCCUUGGUUAAGGAAGUUAACGCUAGCGUUAUGAUCUGUUCGCCCUCUACGGCCCAAUCCUGUGGAGGAAUGGUUCAGGGAAUUAUAGAGGUUUCGGCUUCACUACUGUCAUUGCCUUUUGAGACUCCUGUCAACUAUCAGGCACUCAGCAACUAUGAGCGAUCGAAACCACAAAACGCGGCCUACGUGAUAUAUACGUCAGGCUCUUCAGGAAAACCCAAGGGCAUAGUCAUGCCGCACUCGGCCAUAUGUACCGCACUAUUUCGUCAGCCUGAAGUUGUGCAUAUCACGAAAACCUCACGGGUCUUUCAAUUCUCUAGCUAUGCAUUUGAUGGCUGCAUAAUAGAGAUAUUUGCGGCGCUUAUCACUGGAGCCACCGUUUGUGUACCUACCGAUACUGAGAGACUCAGCAGUACAUCACAGUUUAUGACACAGGCACGGGUCACUCUGACAUUUUUGACUCCUUCAUUCAUCAAAACAAUUGAUCCUGAGACCGUACCAACGCUGAUCACACUGUGUGCUGCUGGAGAAGUCCCAACAAAAGACAUCAUGACUACAUGGCACGGACGAGUAGAGCUUUUCAAUCUGUAUGGCCCAGCCGAGACAUGUGUUAUGUGCUCUGCCCACUGUUGGACGUCACCAAGUGAAUCCCCUACGACCGCGGGUCGGCCUUAUGCUCACCAUUUAUUCAUUGUUGAACCGAAUAACAUGAACCGCCUGGCCCCAAUUGGAUGUAUUGGCGAAUUAGUUGUUGAAGGUCAUGCAAUUGCGCGUGGGUACAUCAAUAAUGAAGAAAAAACCAACGCUGCAUUUGUUAGUGGCCUUGAAUGGAUGCUGCCUACAGGCUCAACCAAGGCUUAUAGGACCGGUGAUCUUGCAAAGUUCAAUUCUGACGGCUCAAUACAAAUUCUUGGACGACGGGAUACACAAGUUAAACUGCGUGGCCAGCGCAUAGAGCUCGGCGAGAUUGAACAUCGCAUUAUGAGUGAGCUUAAAGGAGUGCGAUAUGCUGUGGCAGAUGUCGUUGAGCGUGAAGCCGGCAAAAUGCUUAUCGCAUUCGUCACCCUCCAAAACCAUCCGCGCCCUGCUACAAUAAGUACUUUGGCUGUUGAUGGCAGUUUGAUCUUUGAUGAAACGGUCACUAAGUCUUUGCAAGCCCUAGUUCAGAACUUGCGACUGGUAUUACCGAGUUAUAUGAUCCCGAGUGUGGUAAUACCUCUAUGGGACAUGCCUCAUAAUGCCUCUCAAAAGAUCGAUAGACGGGUGCUACGUGAGCUAGUCGCCGGCAUGUCCCAGGAAACAUUGUCAAAAUUCUCGACAAGUAAGAGGGACCAGACUUUGCCCACAACUGAGUUGGAGCUCAGGCUGCGGGACCUCUGGGCUCACAUCAUAAAAGUCGAUCCAGAGAGUAUAUCUAAAUUUGAUAACUUUUUGGAAAUUGGCGGUGACUCAAUUUCUGCCAUCUUCUUAUCGAACCUUGCUGCAAAAGAGGGUUUGAUCUUGCCAAUCGUGAAUAUAUUCAAGAAUCCCCAACUUGCUUCUAUGGCAGCCUCAAUAACGUCUGGACAAGCAACAAGCUUUGAUGUUGUGCCAUUUGAGAUGAUUGAGGAAACUACUUUGCAAUCUAAACUUGAAGACAUUUUGCCUUGUACACCGCUACAAGAGGGGCUCAUGGCACUCGCUGUAAAACAGCCGGGAUCUUACAUCGCCAAGCGUGUAUACAGGCUAGUAGAGGCUAUUGAUAUUGACCACUUCAUGGCGUCUUGGGAGCACACUGUCCAGUUGUGUAGCAACUUGAGAACGAGGAUUAUAAUGAACGAUAGAACAUCCCUGCAAGCCGUUGUUGCUAAUGAUAUGAGUUGGGAUGAAACAGGUGAUUUGUCGUUGUUGUCCUAUUUGGAGAACGAGUUCGAAAUGGAAUACGGAUCGCGCUUGUCACGCUACGCCAUUGCCAGCGAUUCAAACGGGUCAAAGUAUUUCGUCUGGACAGCACAUCACGCCGUAAUCGAUGGGUGGACAAUACAGAUCAACCUUGACACGCUUCAGCAGGUUUAUAACAGAAAGCCUGCGCCGACGUUGCAGCCUUACGCCAAUUUUAUCAAUUACAUCAGACAACUCGACCAACAAGCUGCCGCAAACUAUUGGCUUUCUGAACUAGAAGGUACUCAACGACCUGCAUUUCCACCUGCUAGUUCGCCUUUCCAACCCAUAGCGGCAGAAGCCAGCGCAACGCGCGUUCUGAAUACACGGAUUGUGUUUCCAUCCCUCGACAAAUCGUCCAUCACAAAACCCUCAGUCCUGAGAGCGGCGUGGGCAAUUGUUCUCGGUCGAUAUAGCGAUACUGACGACGUGUGCUUUGGAGUGACUACUUCAGGUCGGCAGGCACCUGUUCAAGGCUUGUCGGAGAUGACUGGCCCAGCAAUAUGUACACUGCCUGUUAGAAUUCGCCUGGAUCAAUCAAAACGCGUUUCAACAUUCCUCCAAGAGAUCCAAGCGCAAGCAACGGAAAUGAUUGCACACGAGCAAUUUGGGCUGCAAAAUGUCUCCAAGCUUAGUGCAAGCGCCAAAGACUCUUGUGAUUUCAAUAGCCUGCUUGUCAUACAACCAAACGAGAUCAAGAACCUGGAAAAUGACAUUCUUACACCAAUUGAUAUUAAUGGCCUGGGCGCGGAAAAGAUGUUGGGCAACUAUUUCAGCUAUCCAUUCGUCGUGGAGUGUAGUUUGCUGGAAAACCACGUUGACCUUAUGCUCGUGUAUAAGUCAGACAUACUUACUGAGCGCCAACUUCAAGGUUUGUGUUCUCAUUUUGAGCAUGUCGUGUCACAGUUGCUUGACGAACAUGACAAUCUUCUCGGCCAUAUCUCUCUAAUAAGCGAUUGGGACGUAAACUUUGCUCGAUCUGCUAAUUGCGAUGAGCCUGUUGCAAUCAACCAAUGCAUCCACCACCUUAUUGAACAGCGUGCACAAAUGCAUCCCAGCUCCAUUGCCAUUGAUGCUUGGGAUGGCCAAUUCACAUAUUCUGAAAUGGACGAUGCUGCUAAUAGAUUGGCCAAUCAUCUCGUGAGAAAUAUGGGAGUACAAGUGGGAGAUCUUGUUCUUGUAUGCUUUGACAAGUCUUCGUCAUUCAUCAUCGCAACCUUAGCCAUCAACAAAAGCGGCGCAGCUUGGGUGCCGCUUGAUCCAUCACACCCGGCGGCGCGCCAUGAAUCAAUUGCCAGUCAGACAGGAGCACGUAUAGCACUCUGUUCGCCUACUAAUAGCUCGAAAUGCCUCAACCUAGUGUCAAACGUCCUUGAAAUAAGACCUCAACUCAACACUGAGCUUGCAUUGAAUCAGUCCAACGAGACCAAGCUAGCUGUGUCUGUUUCCCCUCGAGAUUUAGCAUACAUAAUUUUUACCUCUGGAUCGACUGGCACACCGAAGGGUGUGGCUAUUCAGCAUGAUUCUCUUUGCAGCAGCCAAACUGCCUUUUGCAACCGACUCGGCAUGGAUGUCAACAUCAGAACGCUUCAAUUUGCUUCCUACGUGUUUGACGCUUCAGUUGCUGAGAUUGUGGCCACUCUUUUAGCCGGCGGUUGCGUGUGUGUCCCUUCAUGGGCCAUGCAAAUGACCUCACUUGCAACCUAUAUACGAGAGGCCAAAGUAACAUUCUCUUUCUUAACCCCUUCGUUUGCCCGAACAAUUAGUCCUGAAGAUGUGCCAUGUCUCGAAACUCUUAUUCUUGGCGGAGAGGCAAUUGGCAGAGACGUAUUUGAGAAAUGGUUUGGAAAAUUGCGGCUCUUUAGCGCCUGGGGACCUACUGAAACCACUGUGAUUGCUACGCUUCACGAAUGGGAAUCUGCCAACGAGUCCCAUCUUACGAUCGGCAGACCUAUAACGGCCUACUGCUGCUGGAUUGUGGACCCCAAGGAUCCCCAGAAGUUAGCCCCUACAGGUACCCUUGGCGAGAUCGUUGUCCAGGGACCAGCCUUGAUGCGAGAGUACCUAUUGGACCAAGAGAAAACGGCUUCUGCUAUAGUGACCUCACUGCCGGCAUGGGUACCUAAUCGCAAUACAUGGGGCCGAUUCUAUAAAACGGGCGACUUGGCAGUGUAUAACUCUGAUGGCACCAUUAGGUAUUCUUCCCGAAAAGAUAACCAGGUAAAGAUCAGAGGCCUGCGCAUAGAGUUAGGCGACAUUGAGCAUCACAUAAGUAAUAACUUGAAUGAUGUUUCUCAAGUUGCUGUCGAUGUGUCGAAGCGCGAUGCCGCGACUGUCUUGGUGGCCUUUAUAUGCUUCAGCGAUGAUACUCUUCCAGUUGGCUCGAUAGAUGAUGAGACCGCGCAGAAUAUUCUGCUGGAGCCAACGCCGCGUCUAACAGCCAGCAUCAACACCCUAGUCGGACGUUUGAAUGUUGUACUGCCGACCUAUAUGGUGCCAACGCUUUUCAUCCCCUGUAAAGCAAUGCCGCUGGUUACGUCUUCUAAGUUGGACAGAAAGAUGCUGGUCCAACUUGCUGCGUCUCUCGACCAACAACAGUUCGAAAUGUAUUCUUUAGCCCAUGGAGUCAAGGUUUCACCAGCGACUGAUAUGGAGCGCCGUUUACGGGAAAUUUGGGCCGAAAUACUGAACAUGGCCCCUCAGUCAAUCGGUCGCGAUGAUAGCUUUUUAAAGAUUGGCGGCGACUCAAUUGCGGCUAUCCGUCUUAUCGCUGCUGCUAGAAGUCGCGGAAUUGAACUCGUCAUCGGUGACAUUUUUAGUGAUCCUCGUUUGCUCGCCAUAGCUAGCAAGGCUCGGCAUGUUGAAGUAUCGUCGGAAGAGACAAGCUCGAUCAAGCCAUUUGAACUACUUAGCGAGCAUGAGCGAAACCACAUCUUGACUGAUGAGAUGAGAACCAAUCUUGAUUUAUCUGAAAAGAUGGGGAUAUAUGAUGCUUAUCCGUGUAGCCGCCUACAAGAAGGCCUCUUGGCUUUGGCUGUAAAGCACCCGGGUAGCUACAUCACGAGCUUUCAGUAUCGUCUAUCGGAGCAUGUUGAUAUUGAUAAGUUCCGAAACGCAUGGCAGAAGACUGUUCAACUAUGUGGUAUUCUCAGAACUAGAAUUGUCCGUCUAGCUGACUCUUCUAUUCAAGUGCUCGUUACUGGCGAUAAGUGGGAUGAUACGACUGACAUGACUCUGGUGUCUUAUUUACAAUCCAUCCGAAAGACCCACGUUGAUUACGGAUCCCAGCUCUGUCGGUAUGCGUUGAUACAAGAAAAGAAAAACGAGACGCACUUUGUCUUAACAAUGCAUCACGCAAUAUUUGAUGGGUGGUCGAUGAAAAUAUUCUUUAAUACUCUGCGCAAAGCGUUUAAUGGGCUAGAGACGCCAUCUCUCGCACCUUAUUCUCGCUUCAUUCAAUACACCAUGAAUAUUGACCAUGAAUCUGCUUCCAAGUACUGGACUGAACAGCUUUGCAAGGCAGAGAAAGCUUCGUUCCCACCAACUCGUUCAGGCAUGACCAAUCGAUCAGAAAACUCCAGGAGCGUUCGCACCUUUGUGACAGAUAUUGAGCUUCCUGAUAUUAGCGCAUCUGGCAUCACAAGAGCGACGAUCCUUCGUGCUACGUGGGCUCUCCUCCUCGCACGAUACUGCGAUACCGAUGAUGUAUGCUUUGGUACAACUAUAUCUGGUAGACAAGCUCCAUUACCCGGGAUAAUGGAUAUGGCUGGGCCAGCUAUAGCAACCGUCCCUCUCCGCAUUCGACUCGACCGUCAAAAGUCGGUUCUUACGUUCCUCCAGAAUGUUCAAGAACAAGGCCUCGCCAUGGUGGAAUUUGAACAAUUUGGUAUCCAGGAAAUACGUAAACUGAGCUCCGAUGCGUUUGACGCCUGCGACUUCUCUAGUUUGUUCGUUAUUCAACCCAAAGAGGCUUUAGAGUCCGCCGGCGGCUUUGAAGGUGAAGAUCCAAUCCUCGUCUCCACCGAUCAGGCGCUAGAAACAGGCGAAUACACGCAUCAGAAUUAUUUCAGUUAUCCACUCGUCGUUCAGGGCCAUUUAAACAAUGAAUCUGCGCAACUCGUUUUUAUUUAUGACUCUGGGAUUCUCCACGAAAAGCGAAUUGUAGCAUUAGCACAACAAUUCCAACACAUUGCGAAAGAGCUGGCUGUGGGAAUAGAGUCGAAUCUUGGCGCCAUCACAGUUGCGUCUUCCUGGGACCUUCGACAGUCUGAAAUAUUCAACUCAGAGAUACCAGAAGCCGUCGAUAGCUGUUUCCAUACUUUAGUGGAGAUGCAAGCCGCCCGUACUCCUAAUGCCACGGCUCUCUGUGCCUGGGAUGGCAGCUUUACUUACGCCGAGUUGGAUCAUGCGGCUAAUCGGUUGGCGCAUCACUUAAUGGCCAAGCACACAGUCAAGCUUGACGAGAUUAUUCAUGUGUGCUUCGAUAAAUCGAUUUGGUUCUUUGUUUCUAUUCUAGCGGUCAACAAAGCUGGAGCUGCAUGGGCUCCUCUUGAUCCGUCUCAUCCUCCAGAGAGACUUCGCCAGAUCAUUAGGCAAACAAAAGCUGUGGCUGCAUUGACGUCGGAGUCACACGCAGCGUUGUGUAGCAGCUUUUUGCCGCUAGUAAUCCAAGUAACGGCACCCCUGGACGAAGAACUAUCUCGGGAUGGCUCAAACAAACAGAGCCCCCCUGCUUCUAACGUAUUACCUUCCAAUAUAGCUUAUGUCCUAUUUACUAGUGGAAGCACUGGCAUGCCGAAGGGUCUUGUUAUGGAGCAUCGAGCCGUUUGUAGCAGUCAAAUGGCUAUUAUAAAAAGGUUGAACCUUCAUUCUGGCGUUCGAAUGCUACAGUUUGCUGCAUUUGUAUUCGAUCUUUCUAUUGGAGAGAUAGUGGCGCCACUUAUAUCAGGUGCCUGCGUCUGCGUGCCGUCAGAGAAAGCUCGCUUGAACGACAUUGCCGGGUUUAUUCGUGAAACAAAUGUCAACUGGGCUUAUAUGACUCCCUCAUUUGCAAGAGUGUUAACACCUGAACAAGUGCCAGGUCUCGAGCUGCUCCUCCUUUGCGGCGAAAUCACCACCCGCGACGUCUUUGAUGUGUGGAUUGGCAAAGUGAGAUUCAUCAGUGGCUGGGGCCCGGCUGAAACUUGCGUCUUCAGCUCACUGCACGAAUGGAAGUCUGCUACCGAGUCACCGUUGACUGUAGGCAAGCCAGUCGGGGCAUUUUGCUGGAUUGUCGAUCCCAACUGCCCAGACCAGGUAGCUCCAAUUGGGACUGUAGGUGAGGUUAUGAUACAAGGCCCAACGCUACUCCGUGGAUACCUUGGGGACGCUGAACGCACCAGCUCGUCUGUGAUAACCUCGCUUCCCCAGUGGGCACUGCAAAAGACCCCACAGUGGAAACGAUUUUAUAAAUCGGGCGACUUAGCCAUGUAUAAUCACGACGGCACAAUCGAAUUCUGUAGCCGAAGAGAUACGCAAGUCAAAAUCCGUGGCUUGCGGGUGGAACUCAGCGAAGUUGAGUAUCGGAUCCGUGAGAGACUGGAAGGCGUUUCUCAAGUGGCUGUAGACAUGCUCGCAACUGAUAGAGGCUCUACAUUAGUCUCUUAUAUUUGCUUUAGUGAUGAAACUCGAACCUUGCCGGCGGCAUCAGACGGCGACAUAGAUGAGCUAUUUACGCCACCAACAGCUGAAAUACAGUCCCUGCUCGCAGCCAUGUUAGGGCAGCUAAAGGCGUUGUUGCCUAGAUACAUGAUACCCUCUGUAUUUCUCGUUUGCAAAUACAUGCCCUCUAUAACUUCUACGAAACUGGAUAGAAAGACGCUUCGCAAGAUGGCAUCUCUGCUCAGCCAUGACCAACUAUCGUCUUUCUCUUCACUUGAUAACAAAAAGAGGGCUCCAGAAACAGAAAUGGAACGUCGAUUCCAAUCAAUUUGGGCAUCACUCCUGAAUAUUUCUUCUGACUCUAUUGGAAGAGAUGACCACUUCUUGCAGAUUGGCGGUGAUUCUAUCUCAGCUAUACGUCUAGUAUCUAAUUCACGAACCGAGGGCAUCGAAAUAUGCGUGAAAGAUGUUUUUGAUGAUUCCAGACUUCUCGCAGUUGCCUCAAAAGCCACUUUGCACAACGGGAAUAGUCAGACAGAAGAACCCAUAUUGCCGUUCACGCUUAUGCCCGAGACUAUCCGAGAAUCGGCCCAGCAAACGGCCGCAGGGCUAUGCCACGUUCCCGUUAGUGAUGUUGUGGAUGCGUUCCCAUGUACAUCUCUGCAAGAAGGCUUGAUGGCUCUGUCUGUCAAGCAGCGUGGCUCUUAUGUGGCCAAGUAUGUUUACAGACUACCCAGCCACAUUGAUGUUGCACGAUUUAGAGAAGCCUGGAGUAAGACAGUAGAGUUGUGCGGAGCGUUGCGCACAAGAAUUGUACUCCUAAAUGAUUUAUCAACUCAGGUAGUUGUCAAACACGCAGCCAGGUGGGAGGAAACGAGAAAAGAAUCCCUCUCCUCCCUUGUGCAUUCAGACCGAGGCCUUGGAAUGAGCUACGGCACUCCUCUCUGUUGGUACGCAUUGCUCUGUGAAGCAGAGACUAAUUACUUUAUUUGGUCCGCGCAUCAUGUUAUUUAUGAUGGUUGGACGAUGCAGAUCAUUUUGGACACCCUUGAGACAGUCUAUCGACAAGUGGAAGUUCCCCGUUUGCAGCCGUACAAUGCAUUUGUUCAAUACUGCCUUUCACUUGACCAUGAUGCUGCGGCCAAUUUUUGGCGCACUGAGUUGCGUGGCUCCAAAAGAGCUGCGUUUCCACCUCUUAAUGACUUUUUAACCAGAAAGAGUAGCCAGUCAACUCGAGUACAUCGAAGAACAAUUGCUUUAAGUAACAUGAGAAAGUCAUCAAUCACUAAAGCGUCUGCUUUACGUGCUGCUUGGGCAAUAAUCCUCUCUCGGUAUUGCAAUGCCGAAGAUUUCGCUUUUGGAGCAACCGUAUCUGGCCGCCAGGCACCUGUGCCCGGCCUAGAAGCAAUGGCGGGACUGGCCAUUGCGACUGUCCCAAUUCGUAUUCGCCUUGAUAAACAGAUGAAAGCCUCGGAUUUUCUUGUCAGUGUUCAAAACCAGGCUACGGCCAUGAUACCAUUUGAACAAGUGGGAAUACAAAAUAUUGCGAAUGUGAGCCCUGAUGCAAAAGACGCUUGCAACUUUUCAAGCUUACUCGUGAUUCAACCCCAAGAGUUCUCUACCAAGGACUCCACUGAUGCCAUACUCCUUUCUGGAGAAGCCGAAAGUUCGCUGACCGAGGACUCAAUGCAAACUUACUUCAAUUAUCCUCUUGUCCUCAUUUGCGCAAUUACUGACAAUAGCGUUCAACUACGCUUCUUUUACGACGACAAUAUACUGGAAGAGCAAGAAAUUAUAGCAAUGUCUUAUCAGAUCGAGAAUGUUACUCAGCAACUAAACAAGGAUAUUUGCUUAGAUUCAAUCUCCCUUGUCGGAGACUGGGACAUCAAACAUGCCAUUGACUCUCAGAAGAUGAUGCCAUCUACUCAAUCUUGCAUUCACUGGUUGAUUCAAGAUUCAGCUCGCAAAUACGGCAAUCAUAAUGCCAUAAGCUCAUGGGAUGGCGACCUUUCGUACACCGAACUUCACUCUAAGGCGUCUCGACUAGCCAACAAGCUCUCGCAACUUGGGAUAGGGCCUGAGACUUUGGUGCCCAUAUGUUUUCCAAAGUCAACUUUUGCCGUCCUGACCAUGGUUGCCAUAGGAAUAGCAGGCGGUGCAUUUGUUCCUCUUGAUCCAAAAGCGCCUCAUGAUCGUCUCAGUAGCAUCAUCGACGAUGUAAAAGCAACAAUUAUCCUCACAAGCCCCUGCUGCGAAGAACAUGUCCAAGCAUUUGGCCUCUCUACUCUUGUAAUUGACAAAAGGUUUAUAGAUGCUUUGCCUGACACUGUUAGCUCUGUGCAAUCUCGUGCAAGCCCUAACAACGCGGCAGUUGUCCUUUUCACGAGUGGAAGCACAGGCAGGCCGAAAGGCAUGGUUAUCCAGCACGAUGCAAUUUGUUCAUCCUCAAAUGCGUAUGGACGUGACCUUCGAAUUGGUCCCGGCAGCCGAGUCUUUCAGUUUUCGGCCUACACAUUCGACGUUGGUAUCUUAGAUACUCUAGUCACCUUAAUACGAGGUGGCUGCGUUUGCAUUCCUUCAGACCAUGAUCGCAUAAACGACCUCGCCGGCGCUAUCAGGAGGUCGCAAGCGAAUUGGAUUUUCCUUACACCUACCGUCGCCGAUCUUUUAAAUCCUGCGGACGUGCCGACGCUUCGCGUGGUCUGCCUUGGGGGAGAGGCUAUUGGCCAAAAGACCGCAGAACGGUGGAAUGAGUUUGCUGAAGUUCACGGUCUCUAUGGGCCGGCUGAAGCCUCAAUAUGUGCUUGGAAUCCGACGAUAGGUAGGCUGGGUAAAUCAACAAACCUUGGCAAGCCUCUUUCAAGCGUCUUUUGGGUUGUCGAGCCGGAUAACAUCAACCGACUUGUUCCUGUUGGAUGCGUCGGCGAAUUGCUUAUCCAAGGCCCAAUGCUGGCACGGGGAUACAUCAAUGCUUCCAGAACCCAAGCAGCCAAUUGGAUUGAGGGCUUGAACACGAGCUGGCUUCCUCACGAUUUCCCCAAAAGAGCUUAUCUAACGGGUGAUUUGGUGCGCCGAAACGGCGAUGGAUCAUUUGACUAUAUCUGUCGCAAAGACACGCAAGUCAAGAUACAUGGCCAACGCGUGGAGCUGGGCGAAAUUGAGUCUCGGAUCCACAAGGCCCUUCCAUCAAAUAUGACCGCAACGGUGGAUUUGGUUGAAGUAAGAGAUGGUGGCAAACGACAAGAUUGCCUGCUAGCUUUCUUGUGGUAUAUGAACCGCACUGCAUCAGACGGCCAAUCUUCCUUGAAGUUGAUUGACAGUAUAUCUGAAAAGCAGCAAGCGUUGAUGUCUGAUUUACAAGCAAGCUUGGUUACAACUCUGCCCAUAUAUAUGAUUCCUUCAUCAUUUAUUAUUUUACGCUAUAAGCCAGAGUACACAACGUCCGGUAAGGUUGAUCGUCGUGCUAUCAAAGAGUUUGGGCAAAAUCUGUCAAAGGAUGACCGGUUACGGUUUGCCCCAGGCAACGAAGAAAGGGUAGCUCCAGCCACCCAUAUGGAGCUCAAACUUCAGGAAUUAUGGGCCGAGGUACUCUGUGUUGAUGCGGAACGCAUCGGCAGAAACGAUAACUUCCUACGUAUAGGAGGAAACUCAAUUGGUGCUAUUCGACUUGCUGCUGCCGCACAGAAGCAUGGCAUCGAUUUGAACGUGGCCACCGUAUUCCGCAGUCCUCGGCUACAAGACAUGGCCAACGCUGUUGCAGUAAGCCCAGAAGCUACUAUCAAUAGUAUAAAGCCCUUUAGUAUGUUGUCUAGUCGCCAGCAAGAAGGCGUUUUUGAAGCGAUACGUGGCGAAUAUUCGAUACCAGAUGCUGUUGUUGAUGAUGCAUUCCCUUGCACUAGUCUCCAAGAGGGCCUCAUGGUCUUAGCUGUCAAAUUUUCUGGAUCAUAUACGGCGAGACUAAUCUACAGAGUUCCUGAUCAUGUCGACGUGGAUCUAUUUAAAGCCGCUUGGAAAGAAACAGCCAAAAUUUGUAGCAUUCUGAGGACUCGGAUUUUAUAUGUAAACAAAUCGGCAAUCCAAAUUGUUUUGCGAGACGAAUUCAAUUGGACAACCAUUCAAGACAAGAAUCUGAAUCAGGUUCUUCAAGAACAGAAACCUCUCGAAAUAGGCUACGGAUCAAGCCUUUCCUCAUAUACACUUAUUCAACAAGAAGAUGGACGCCGUUACUUCGCGUGGGAAAUUCACCAUGCUAUCUAUGACGGUGUAUCAAAUCAAAAUAUCUUAAACGUCCUGCGGAAAGUUUAUUCUGGAGCACAGUCGCCUUCCGUUCCUCCUUUUGCCAGAUUCAUACGCUAUAUUAGAUCUCUAGAUGCACUCGACGCUGAACGAUACUGGAAAAUGCAGCUACAGAACUCCCACCCAGCAACAUUCCCGUCUGCCAAACACGACAUUAAAGCGUCGACGGGCAAAACCAAGACUAUUAACAAAAUGGUCAAUUUGCCCAGCGCGAAAGGCUCAAACAUAACAGCGGCAACGCUGAUACGAGCAGCGUGGGCUCUGAUUCUAGCUCGCUACUGCAAUACCGAUGAUAUAUGCUUUGGAACAACUAUUUCUGGACGCCAGGCAGCUGUAGCCGAUAUAAUGGAUAUUGCAGGCCCAACAAUCUCCACACUUCCAAUCCGGAUUAUUAUUGAGCGAAAUCAACCUGUGUCUUCUUUUCUCCAUGCCGUUCAAGAACAAGCAUUAGAAAUGAUUCCUUAUGAGCAGUUUGGCCUAUCAAACAUUGCUAAACUUAGCGAAGAUAUAAGAGAAGCUUGCCAGUUUUCUAGUCUUCUCACAGUUCAGCCAAUGCAGCCUGGUGCGGACGAACCAGGCCAUGAUAUCAUAGUCGCUACGGAUAAAGAAGUAGAUGAAUUGGCUGGCCCCAUGCAAGACUUUUUCAGCUACCCUCUUCUUGUUCAAGCGCGUCUUUACGAUAAUGCCAUUGAGUUGGUCAUCAUUUUCAAGUCUGGUGUAGUGGUCGAUUCACAGGCGGAGGCCAUGAUUCAUCAGCUCAGCCAUGUUAUUUGCCAGCUUGCUUCGUCAAGUGAUACGCUGUUAGAUGAUCUUUCACUAUCAUCUGAGUGGGAUCUCAAACAGGCAAUUGAGUUUAAUAAAUGUGAACCCGAGAUUUUCGGUUCUUGUAUUCACCAUCUUGUUGAAACCCAGGCCUUAACACAUCCAGAUGCUCUCGCCAUAUCGGGGUAUGAUGGAGAUUACUCGUACAGCCAACUUGAACGAGCUGCAAACCGUUUAGCUCAUCUCCUUGUUGAUAAAUUUAGCGUUGGUCUGGGUGAUAUUGUUCACAUUUGUUUCGAAAAGACAACUUGGUUUGUUGUGGCAAUACUCGCCGUCAACAAGACCGGAGCAGCAUGGUCGCCUUUGGAUCCAAGCCAUCCAUCCAGGAGGUAUUCACAGGUUAUCUCACAAACUGCGGCAUCGCUAAUCUUGACGUCCCCGACUACCACUUCGAAAUGUGCACCCCUCGUCCAGUAUAUCCUCGAAGUAUCCUCAGACCUGGACAAACGUCUAGCUGCAGAAGGCAUAAGUGAUGAACAGCUCGCAGUUCCCGUAUCAACAACGGAUAUUGCGUACAUAAUGUUCACAUCCGGAACUACGGGUAUGGCAAAAGGUGUUGCAAUUGAGCAUCGGUCACUGUGCACGUCGCAGAUGGCUCUUGCUCGCCGAGUUGGCUUCACGAAUAACGUGCGAAUGCUACAGUUUGCCGCAUUCAUUUUCGACAUGUCGAUAUCUGAGAUAUAUAUGCCCCUUCUUUGUGGUGGCUGCGUAUGCAUGCCGUCUUGGGAUGAGCAAAUGAACGAUAUAAGCAGUUACAUGUCUAAUGCCCACAUAACGGCGGCAAUUGUCACUCCAACUGUUGCACGCAGUUUGAAACCGGAAAAGCUACCCAGCCUUGAAAUACUUGUCUUAGGAGGAGAGGCUGCGGCUUCGGAUAUUAUUCAGACCUGGUUUGGAAAGCUACGACUCUACAAUGGUUGGGGCCCAACCGAAAGCUGUGCAGCUGCAUCAGUUCACGAGCUGGAGAGUUUGAAUGACUCGCCAAUGACAAUUGGAAGGCCCAUUGCGGGCCGCUGGUGGCUUGUAAAUCCAAAUGAUUCACAACAGCUUACUCCUAUAGGAUGUAUUGGCGAGAUUGCCCUCCAAGGACCAACACUUCUGAGAGAAUAUUUGGCUAAUCCGUCCAAAACUCGAGAUGUCCUCGUGACUUCGCUUCCGGAUUGGGCGCCUCGCCGCGAGCUGGAAUGUUGGAGCCGAUUUUAUAGGACUGGCGACUUGGGCUUUUACAAUCCCAAUGGCACUAUAGAAUUUUGCGGUCGAAAGGACUCUCAAGUCAAGCUUCGUGGCCUUCGCAUAGAGCUUCACGAGAUUGAGUAUCAAAUAUCUACACAUCUGCCCGGAGCCCGCCAGAUUGCGGUAGAUGUUAUUAAUAGACAACAGACAUCACACCUUGUAGCGUAUUGUUGUUUCAACAAUGACACUCUGCCAUCGCAUCUGGCUGUCAACUAUGACAACGAAGACCUCUUCCUUCCUUUAUCAGAUCGCCUGAUACCCCAGUUCCAUGACCUUAUAAUAGCACUCGCUGAUGUUCUUCCUUCUUACAUGGUCCCAAAAAUCUUUAUUCCCUGCGGUUAUAUGCCACUUGGAGCAACGGCUAAAUUGGAUCGGAAGCUGCUUAUAGCUACCACCACGUUACUUUCACAGGAGCAGCUUGACGAAUACUCGCUAGUCAACAACAUAAAACGAGCUCCGGUAACAAGCACCGAGGAGAUGCUGCAACAGCUGUGGGCCGACAUUCUAAAGAUUCCCGCUGAAUCGAUUGGAAGAGACGACAGCUUCUUCCAAAUUGGAGGCGACUCGAUGGCCGUCAUACGACUUGUCUCUGCUGCUCGAGAGGUUGGUUUGGGUCUCAGUGCAAGGGAAAUAUUUAGUGACGCUCGACUUCAUCAUGUGGCUUCCAAGGCUCAAAGCCUGACCAAAGAGGACUAUAAUGUCAAGCUCAUCGAACCGUUUAGCAUGUUGACCCAGUCUCAUAUGGAAGCGCUCUUCACAGAUGGUUCGAAUCCCACGACAACAGUUUUUGAUAAGGCCCAGGUGGAAGAUGCUUACCCCUGUUCGAAAUUCCAAGAAGGCCUCAUGGCUCUAGCCGCCAAAAAUCCAUCUUCGUACGUUGCUAGACUUCAUUACCGCAUUUCCAAAAAUGCACCGUUGGGGGAUUUCAAGGCUGCGUGGGAGAAGAUUGUUGAGAUGUUCCCUAAUUUGAGAAGUCGAAUUGUGCAUAAAGACGGUUCUUCAAUUCAGCUUAUUCUCAAAGACGACCUGGAAUGGGAUUCGACAGAACAGAUAUCCCUAGAUGACUAUAUAAAGAGCUUGCAGCAUGUCAAGAUGGGGUACGGAUCACGGUUAUGCCGCUACGGAUUGAUUGAACAUGGAGACGGUUUGCAUUUCAUAUGGACAAUCCAUCAUGCGGUGUUUGAUGGGUGGACCAUGAAUUUGAUCCUCAAGGCUUUAAAUGACGUCUAUGAAGGCAACCAUGAGGUUCAGCUGCAGCCAUUUUCACGAUUCAUUCAAUACACUCUGGAUCUCGAUCACCAGUCUGCAAGCGAUUAUUGGUCUAAACAGCUUCAAGAUGCAAAAAGGGCGAUUUAUCCAAACCGAUUGAGUUCUGUGUAUCAAAAGGUUGGCACGAAUAAUACAGGAUACAUCGAACUGGAGAUGAAUAUACCCAAACCCUUUGCCAACAUUACAAAAGCUACAAUGCUGCGCGCUGCCUGGGCUGUUUUACUCUCAUACUACUGUGAUACUUCUGAUGUAUGCUUUGGCACAACAGUUUCGGGUCGCCAGGCCCCCGUGGUUGGAAUAACGAAGAUUCCGGGCCCAGCUGUUGCGACUGUUCCUGUCCGCGUUCAUCUUGAGCCGAGUCAAAGCGUGCUCUGUUUCCUCACAAACACUCAAGCGCAAUCGUCCGAAAUGAUUGCAUACGAACAGUUUGGCCUGCAUAAUAUCAUAAAAUUGAACGAUGAGGCAAGAGAUGCUUGUGACUUCUCUAGCCUGCUUGUGAUUCAGCCCAGGCAUAUUGUAUCACAUGGCAACGAAACGGAUCAGGUAAUCCAGGCUCAUUUACAUGAAGAUGGCGACAAGCUUGUUUUCAUCUACAACAAGCUUUCGAUAAUUGAGCAAGAACUCGUUGCGCUUUCAUAUCAGCUGAAGCAUAUUGUUACUCAGCUUGCCUCACAACCAGACGUAUUGCUAAAAGAUUUGACAAUGACCUCGGACUGGGACCUGGAGCAAGCUCUUAAAUAUAACGCUGAGGUGCCAACAAUUAUAGACGCUUGUGUACAUGAGCUCGUUGAGAUUCAAGCCCGUCGCAAUCCAUCAGCACACGCAAUUUGCUCAUGGGAUCAAAACCUCACAUAUGGCCGACUUAAUGAGUCGGCAAAUUGUCUUGCCCACCAUCUUGUUAAGACAUACAAGGUUAGACCGGGAGGCUUCGUCCACGUGUGUUUUGAAAAAUCGGCAUGGCACUUUGUGUCUAUUCUUGCCAUUAAUAAGGCUGGGGCUGCAUGGGUUCCUUUAGAUCCGUCUCACCCAGAAAAGAGGCUGCGACAAGUGAUAAGCCAGACGUCUUCUACGCUAAUCUUAACAUCGGCACAAAAUAUCGAUCUAUGCUCGAAGCUCGCUGAAGUCGUUCUCCAGGUUGAUGCCGCACUCGAUGAGUGGUUAGCCGGGGAAGAAGACGGCGACAAGGGCCCAACAGUAGCUGUUACUUCGAAUCAUGCAGCGUACGUGCUUUUUACGUCUGGAAGCACAGGGCGGCCGAAGGGCCUGGUCAUGGAACACGGUGCUGUCUGCACAAGCCAGACUGCUAUUGCCAGCAGGCUGAAUCUAAGUCCCGAGGUUAGGAUUCUACAAUUUGCAGCCUUUGUGUUUGAUCUCUCUAUAGGCGAGAUUAUUGGACCACUAAUCUCAGGCGCUUGUGUUUGCGUUCCGUCAGAUCACACGAGAUUAAAUAACCUUGAGGACUUUAUAUACGAAAUGAAAAUCAGCUGGGCAUAUCUAACUCCGUCAUUUGUGCGAACGCUUGAUCCUAGCAAUAUGCCUGAUCUAAGGCUAUUAUUAUUAGCCGGUGAAGCAGUUCCUAGAGAUGUGCUUAGCACUUGGUUUGGUAAAGUUCGUCUAAUUAAUGGAUGGGGUCCUGCUGAGACCUGUUGUUUCAGCACUCUCCAUGAAUGGUCUUCUGUUGAUGAAUCACCCCUUGUCAUUGGCCGACCUGUUGGGGGCUUCUGUUGGAUUGUCAGCCCUGAAAACCAUCAACGCCUGGUUCCAACUGGCACUUUGGGGGAAAUUGUCAUCCAAGGCCCUACCAUUCUUCGCGAAUAUUUGGCAGACCUUAGCCGUACAAAUAUGGCAACUACAUGCUCGCUUCCUACAUGGGCGCCUCAUCCUGAUGUAAAGCAUUGGAAUAGGUUCUACAAAUCUGGUGAUCUUGGGUACUAUAACACCGAUGGCACAAUAGUUUUUAACGGCCGCAAAGACAGCCAAAUCAAGAUUCGGGGAUUGAGGGUUGAACUAGAGGAAGUUGAACAUUACAUACGCACGACUUUAGAGGGAGCACGUCAAGUCGCUGUGGAUGCAUACGAAACGGACGGCGCUCGUAACCUCGUUGCAUAUGUCUGCUUUAAUACGGAUAUGAGAAGCCUAUCAGACGAAAGCAAAGUCAACUCAAAUGGCUUAUUUGCGGCAAUGACAGAUGAACUACGCAUGCUUUUGACGAUUAUGCUGGGCGAGCUCAAGGUCUCAUUACCACAUUAUAUGAUUCCUACAUUAUUCAUUCCUUGCAACUUUAUGCCCUCAAUCACGUCAACCAAGUUGGAUAGGAACAUGAUUCGUCGCUUGAUGGCUUCUAUGAGUAAUGAGCAAAAAGCUACAUACUCUCUCCAAAACGGUCCAAAGCGUAUGCCUGAAACUGACAUAGAGAUCCAGCUGCAGGAGCUUUGGGCAGACCUCUUAAACAUCCCAGUUGAGUCUGUUGGACGAGACGACAAUUUUCUGCAGAUUGGUGGAGAUUCUGUCUUGGCCAUUCAGCUGGCAUCUCGCGCCCGCAAAAUGGGCAUCUACUUUGAAGUCAAAGACUUGUUCGACGACCCAAGACUGCUAGCAAUCUCGUCAAAAGCCACCAAGACUGCGUACGAAGCCGAGACACAAGUGGUACCAUUCAGUCUGCUUUCCAACAACCUUAAAGACGCAGUCUUUAGCGAUGCUGUCCGCAAGCAGUGCUGCCUUUCUGAUGAACAGGUCAUCGAAGAUGCCUAUCCCUCGACGUCCAUUCAACAGGGCCUAAUCGCAUUAUCAGCGAAGAAGCUAGGUAGCUACGUCGCGAAAUACGUAUUCCGGAUACCUGAACGGAUAGACAUCUCUCGACUCAGGGCUGCCUGGGAUCGCACGGCUGAUCUAUGCGCCAAUCUGCGCUCUCGAAUUGUAAUCGUAGAUGGUGUAUCACUACAGCUAGUUAUCCAAGGCGGCAGUCAAUGGAGAUUAUCUGAAAGUCGUCGAACACUGGCCUCCAUUCUCGAUCCAUCUGAGAAGUCCAAGAUGACUUAUGGGUUGCCUCUCUCAUCGGCAACGAUAGUACACGAAGACGACACCGCAUAUUUCAUUUGGGAGGCACAUCAUUCAAUUUACGACGGUUGGACAUUGCAGAUAAUAGUUAACACGCUGCAUUCGGCCUAUCAUAAUCAGCAUACAGCACCAGUCCAGCCUUAUUCCUCGUUCGUCAGCUACUAUCUUCAACUGGAUACUGAAAAGGCAGCUGAAUUUUGGACGCAAGAGCUAGCUAGGGCUAAACGAGCUGAAUUCCCUUCCGCAAAACGGGACAGCUUGCCAGGUAUAACUGAAGUCUAUCACUCCCGCAUUACGCUUCCCGAGUCGUUUCGCAUCUCUGUUACCAAAGCCACAGUGGUACGCGCAGCUUGGGCCGUUGUGCUGGCGCGGUACUGCGACACCGACGAUGUCGUUUUUGGUACCACUGUGUCAGGACGACAGGCCCCGGUCCCAGGCGUUGAAUCGAUCGCCGGCCCCCUGAUUGCAACCGUUCCAUCCCGCAUUCGACUAGAUAACCAGAUUCCUAUUGCCAGAUUUUUGAACAAUGUCCAGUCUCGAGCCUCGUCCACCGUGCCCUAUGAGCAAUUCGGAGUCCAAAACAUCAGCAAGCUAAGUCAAGACGCUAAAGAUGCCUGCGAUUUCUCAAGCCUCCUUGUCAUCCAACCGCCGACUCGGAACUUUACGGAAGAAGGUGAAAAGGCCAUUCUAUUGCAGUCUGAAACUGAACAAGAAGAGACAGAGAGGUCCAUGAGAAGCUAUUUCAACUACCCCUUGGUAAACAUCAGUAGCGUUGGCGAAACCGAAGUCUAUCAACGUCUAUUCUACGACUCGGCUGUUCUUACCGAGCUUCAAAUGGAAACCCUAUCACGCCAAAUCGAGCACGUAGUGCAACAACUUCUCAACAGAAACGGCCUGCUGGGAGAGAUUUCUCUUCUCAGCUCCUGGGAUAUUGAGCAAGCUGUCAACGCGUCUCAAUUAUGUUCUGCUACAGAAUCGUGCACUCACUGGCUGAUUCAAGAUCAGAUCAACUCACAUCCCGACGAGAUUGCUAUUUCUUCUUGGGAUGGAAAUCUUACUUAUUCGCAAGUUGGCACAUACGCAGCACGUUUAGCGGCGAAGUUACAAGAACUUGGUGUUGGGCCUGAAUCACUGGUUCCUAUAUGCUUUUCGAAAAGUUGUUGGGCCGUGAUAUCUAUGGUAGCUGUCCAAAUGGCUGGAGGUGCCUUUGUUCCCCUCGAUCCCAAUGCACCAGAAGCUAGAAUUCAGGGCAUCCUUGGCGAUACAGGCGCUGCUUUGGUGAUCGCCAGCCCGUGCCAUCAAACAAAGCUAGAGUCAUUGGGGAUACAAGUACUUACCGUAGAUGAGGCAGCUGUUACGACAUUACCAGACGUUGCGGAUAUCCAAACCGAGGUGCGCCCUCAUAACGCGAGUGUCAUUCUCUUCACUUCCGGCAGCACAGGGAAGCCUAAGGGGAUGGUCAUCCAACAUAACAGUAUAUGCUCCUCCAGCAGUGCUUACGGAGCUAGUCUUGGUAUUGGCCCUGGCACGCGAGUGUUUCAAUACUCAGCAUAUACGUUUGACGUUGGUGUCUUGGAUUGCCUUGUAUCACUCAUAAGAGGCGCUUGUAUAUGCAUUCCUUCCGACCAUGACCGUCUAAGUAAUCUUGCCGGUGCCAUUAAUGCAUCUAAAGCAAACUGGAUUUUCCUUACUCCAACUGUUGCCAACCUUCUUCAGCCCACCGAUCUUCCCACCUUGAAAACAGUCUGUCUUGGUGGCGAAGCUAUUAGUAAAUAUUGUGCUGAUAGAUGGGUUAACAAUGUUAGCUUACAUGGUCUCUAUGGCCCAGCUGAAGCGUCCAUAUGUGCUUGGAACUCUGUGCUGGGAAGAUCAGGAAGCUCGACGAACCUCGGCCAUCCUCUUGCAAGUGCUUUCUGGGUUGUCGAAGUCAACAAUCCGCGGACUCUCGUCCCGAUCGGGUGUGUUGGUGAGCUUCUUAUCGAAAGUCCAAUGCUCGCCCGCGGAUACUUGAACGUGAGCGCCGAAGUUGCGGCGAAUUGGAUGGAUGCAGUUGACUGGCUUCCCGGUCGUAACCAGCCAAAGAGGGUUUAUCGGACGGGUGACUUGGUGCGCCGAAAUUCUGACGGAACUUUCAGUUCUAUGGGCCGCAAAGAUUCGCAGGUCAAAAUCCACGGCCAGAGGGUUGAGCUUGGUGAAAUUGAAGCCCGGGUUCAAGAGUUCUUGCCGCCUACGAUGGGUGGUAUUAUUGAUGUUUUAAAAGACGAAAAGGCCUCGAGUACUUUACUAGCCUUCAUUUGGUGCUCUCAAGGGACAUCCAGCUCGCCGGCCUCCCUUGUGGAUGAAGUAUCUGACGAAGCACAGGCCAUUAUUACGCACCUGGAUACGUCUUUGCGCGAGGUUUUACCUUCUUACAUGAUUCCUUCGUCUUAUCUAUUAUAUGAUGGUGUGCCAGAACAAACUGCAACAGGCAAAAUUAAUCGCAAGUCCCUCAUCAGCAGCGCUCUCUAUCUCACUUUGCAGGAUCGCCUACGCUUUACUCCCAAUGAAAGCUUACACGUGCUACCAACUCUACCAAUGGAAUUGAAAUUACGCGAUCUUUGGGCUCAAAUUCUUCACAUUAGUCCUGCUCAUAUAGGCAAAGCUGAUAGCUUCUUGCGCCUUGGUGGUGACUCCAUAUCUGCCAUUCAACUAUCAUCAUUAGCCCAAAGCCACAGCUUGAACCUUACUGUUGCCGUCAUUUUCCAGAAUCCUCGAUUAGAACAAAUGGCAAACGCCAUUACGGAAGACGCCUCUGUCAUCUUGGAAGACAUGCAACCGUUUAGCAUGCUUUCAGCCGAUGAUGUCACGGCAGUCGUCUCUGAAGCUUGGCAUCAGUGCUCAUUGCCAAAAGUUACAGUGAUUGAGGAUGCGUAUCCCUGCACGAAACUACAAGAGGGCCUCAUGGCGCUGUCUGUGAAGCAGCCUGGCUCUUAUAUUGCCAAGUAUUUAUAUCGACUUCCCGCUCACGUCAAUGUGCCUCGCUUUAAAGCAGCAUGGAAACAAACGAUGAAGCUUUGCUCCAGUCUACGCACUCGCAUCAUUCAUACAUCAGAAGGGUCAAGCAUACAAGUUGUCUGGAGUCAUGAGCUGGACUGGAGUUCACUGCAAUAUGAUAACCUCCAGUCUGUUCUGAGCCACGCUCGUGAGAUUCAGAUGACUUACGGCUCUUCGCUCUGUGAAGUUGCCUUUGUGGAAGAUGAGCAGCGAAAUGCUUACUUCUUCUGGGCACUACAUCACACAGUAUUUGAUGGUCUGUCCAUGCAAAUUGUCCUCAAAACUUUGCAUAAGAUAUACUUGGCAGAGGACAUUCCCAAAAUAGCUCCUUAUUCGCGUUUCAUCCAUUACGUUCUGCAAAUGGACGUGGAAGAGGCUUCUUCAUAUUGGAAUUCUCAGUUGCAAGAUGCUGAGCCGUCACUGUUUCCAUCUUCGCGCAGUGUAUCUGAUAGACCUGGGGCCACGCACUUUCUGGAAAGAUCUAUCGGUUUCAUCAAUACUGAGAAGCUCAGUGUUACUGUAGCGACCGUUGUUCGAUCUGCCUGGGCGAUCGUCCUGGGUCGAUACUGUGACUCCCAUGAUGUAUGUUUCGGUACAACUAUCUCAGGGCGCCAAGCCUCCGUUCCAGGCAUACUUGAGAUUGUCGGGCCUCUAAUUGCAACUGUCCCGGUUCGAGUCAAGCUAGACGGCAAGCAGCCUGUAUCAGACUUCUUACAAAGUGUCCAAGAGGCUGCUAUCGAAAUGAUUCCAUAUGAGCAAUUUGGCCUCCAAUGCAUUAUGAAAUUAGGGGAAAACGCUUAUAAGGCGUGUCAAUUUUCCAGCUUAUUGGUCGUUCAACCAAUGAGGCACGUUUCAUCUGCUGAGGAUACAAGAAAUUUGCUCGUUGGUGCCGGCGAGACAGAGGGUCUGUCUAACUCUUUGGCAAACUACUUCAGCUAUCCUCUCGUCGUGCAAGCCCAUAUCUAUGAAGACGACUUGAGAAUUGCAAUAGCCUACGAUUCCGAGGUCCUAACUGAACGAAAGGUACAAGCAUUGUCCAGUCACCUCAGCCAUGUUAUCCACCAGCUCACAUCUGGAGAUGAUUUGAGCCUUCAGUCUAUUCCUAUCUCAUCCGCUUUUGAUCUUGAACUUGCGACUACAUACAACAGUGAUGUACCCAAUCUUAUUGACUCAUGUAUCCACCAGCUGAUCGAGAAACAAGCCAAGAUUACGCCAAAUGCCUGGGCUAUACAUGCUUGGGAUGGCGAUCUUACUUAUAUGCAGCUCGAUCAAGCAGCCAAUCGUCUCGCUCAUCAUCUCAUUCACAAGUAUAACAUUCAAGUUAAUGAGCUCAUACAUGUGUGCUUUGAGAAAUCGAAAUGGCAUUUUGUAUCUAUCCUAGCCAUCAACAAGGCUGGCGCCGCGUGGGUGCCUCUUGAUUCGUCACAUCCAAUUCAGCGCCUUGAAAAAAUCGUUAGUCAAACAAGAGCAAGGCUUGCUCUUUGCUCACCAGCAAACAGUGAGAUUUGCGUUAGUCUCGUCGACUCAAUAGUUCAAGUUACACCCGAGUUUGACGAGGAGCUACUACAGCUCGAAGAUAGCCAGCAUGGACCAAUCACCAGCGUCUCUCCAGACUGUACGAUUUACGUCCUAUUCACCUCUGGCAGCACAGGUACUCCCAAAGGCCUAGUUAUGCGGCAUAGAUCUGUUUGCACAAGCCAACAAGCAAUCGCCAAGAGGCUUGGUCUGACAGCAGAAGUCCGAAUGCUCCAGUUCGCCGCAUUUGUGUUCGAUCUCUCCAUUGGCGAAAUCAUCGCUCCUCUUAUUGCAGGUGCCUGUGUGUGUGUUCCAUCGGAAUAUAGCCGUAUUAAUGAGAUUGAAAAGUUUAUCCAAGACUCUCGUGUUACAUGGGCCUUUUUGACGCCAUCAUUCGCCCGGACUUUGAGCCCAGAUAACAUCCAGGGGCUUGAGCUUUUAUUACUGGCAGGAGAAGCAGUUCCCCGCGAUGUAUUGACUGCUUGGUUUGGGAGACUUCGUCUCGUCAACGGCUGGGGUCCUGCAGAGACUUGUGUGUUCAGUUCGCUGCAUGAGUGGAGGUCUAUUGAUGAGUCGCCUCUUACAGUUGGAUGCCCAGUUGGUGCAUUCUGUUGGGUUGUGGAUCCGGAAGAUCAUAAUCGUCUUGCACCAAUUGGAACAACUGGCGAGAUCGUCAUCCAAGGACCUACUCUACUCCAAGAGUACUUAGCUGACACAGAUCGUACGAAUACUGCCGUUGUACAAGCUCCUGGAUGGAUGCCCCUUCCAGAUAAGACACACUGGAGCAAGUGCUAUAAAUCGGGCGAUCUCGGAUAUUUCAAUCUCGAUGGAACCAUCGAGUUUUCAGCCCGCAAGGACACGCAGAUCAAAAUCCAUGGUCUUCGUAUCGAAGCCACUGAAGUUGAAUUUCACAUCCAGCAGCUUUUGGCUGAUGCCCGCCAGGUGGCUGUCGACGUAUUCAAGAACCAUAAUAGUUCUCAACUUGUUGCCUACUUCUGCGCCAAUGGCGAAACAAAGUCACUAAGCAGCCGGUCAAACAUGUCAGAAAAGCUGUUUUUAUCAUCUGAUGAGGCCUUGCAAGAUCGAUUGGGGGCGUUAGUCGGAGAGCUCAGUGCUCUCUUGCCCCGAUACAUGAUUCCCACAAUGUUCAUUCCCUGUAAAUAUAUGCCUUUUGGUACUUCUACUAAGCUGGAUAGGAAGCUGCUGCAUGAACACUUAUCUUCGCUAAAUCAGGAUCAGCGAGCUGCCUACUCACUAUCAAGCAGAAUAAGACGCCAACCGGAAACUGAGAUGGAAAAGCGACUGCAGACAAUCUGGGCAGAAAUACUAAAUGUGCCAAUGAACUCAAUUAGCAAGGAUGAUACUUUCUUCCAGCUUGGAGGUGAUUCGAUUACGGCCAUGUACCUAGUUUCAACAGCCAAAGAAGACGGAAUUGCAUUCACCGUCAAGGACGUCUUUGAUGACCCUAGAUUAUCAGCCGUGGCUUCAAAAGCUACCUUGAUUCAGGACGACAAUAUAGACGCUACAGAAUCCACUCCGGAUGCUUUCAGUCUAUUAUCCGAUUCACGUUUAAGGUCGGUUUUGGGAAAGAAGAUACGCCAAGAGUGCGGCCUUCAGGAAGGACAAACGAUUCAAGACGCCUAUCCAUGUUCCCCCCUCCAAGAGGGUCUCAUAGCUCUCGCUGCGAAGCAGCCUGGCUCCUAUGUUGCCACAUAUGUCCACCGGAUGUCCAAAUCCACAGAUAUUUCGAGAUUUAAAAAUGCGUGGGACACUGUUGUGGAGGUCUGUGGUAAUCUUCGAACUCGCAUCGUGCUAUUGGACGGUGUUACGACCCAGAUUGUUCUUAACAAUGACAGUCAAUGGCAAUCUGCCGAGAACGAAAAUCUCGACUCGAUGGGUAAAUCGCCACGUAACUCGAAAAUGGGCUACGGGACGCCUCUAUGUUGGUACGCCAUUGUGUCUGAGAAAGGCGAAAACUACUUUUUAUGGUGUGCACAUCACUCCAUCUAUGAUGGAUGGACAAUGAAAGUUAUGUUUUCAGUCCUCUAUCGGGCAUACUCAGGCACUUGCAUUCCAGACAUACGCCCUUACUCGUCCUUCAUAAAAUAUGCGCAGGAGAUUGAUGGGGACGCUGCUGUCUCUUUCUGGAAGACAGAACUUUCGGGGGCAGUGCGAGCUUCAUUCCCACCUCGUCCAUCCGGCCCCCAUGAAGCUAAAAGCCAGUGUUAUCGCUCAUCCGUUUCUUUUACGAGUUCUGCCAAGACAUCUAUCACUCAAGCGACAAUCCUUCGAGCAGCAUGGGCUAUUGUUCUCGCAAGGUAUUGCGAUAGCAAUGAAGCCGUCUUUGGAGUAACAGUCUCAGGUCGUCAGGCGCCAAUUCCAGGAGCGGACAUGAUAUCUGGAGCCAUGAUAGCCACGGCCCCGCUGAGAGUGCGCCUAGAUAAACGAGCAUCGAUAUCAGAAUUCCUACACUAUGUCCAAAAAUUGAGUGGAAACAUGAUUCCAUAUGAGCAAUAUGGGCUCCAGAAAAUAUCCAAAAUCAGUACAUACACCAAAGAGGUCUGUGACUUCUCAAGUCUCCUUGUUGUACAACCGCCAGCAGUCUUCGCUACAGAUGAUACAGGCGAUGCCCUCUUUACUCUUGAUGAAUCUGCAAACGACUUCACGUUGGAUUCUAUGGACGGCUACUUCAACUAUCCUUUGGCAAUCAUUGCCAGCUUAUCUCCGGAUCAGUUUAGUUUGAACAUUUUCUACCACUCUACAAUAUUGACUAAAGGUCAAGUCCAGGCUUUGGUUUCUCAUCUGGAUCAAGUCAUCCAAACGCUUUUCGCUAUAGAGUCAUCAAAGGAUCCUCUAGGCUCAGUCUCCCUCCUCAGCCCCUGGGAGUUUCAACACGCAAUUGAGUCAACUCGACUGAGCCCCUCUAAUGAGACGUGCGUACACUGGCUCAUUCAAGAGCAAAUACUUUCAAGGCCAGACGAUAUAGCCAUCGCGUCCUCAGAUGGAGAGCUUACUUACUCCCAAGUAGGGAUUUUGGCCUCGCGUCUAGCGAUAAAACUGCAAGACCGCGGCGUUGGUCCCGAAGUCUUUGUCCUCUUAUGUUUGCCCAAAUCUGUUUCAGCCGUGAUUUCCAUGGUUUCCGUGUUGAUGGCCGGUGGAGCCUUCAUUGCUCUUGAUCCAUCUGCUCCGGCCACUCGUUUACGAGGCAUUGUCGACGACACUCAAGCUAGCAUUGCCAUAGUUAGCCCAACAUGCGCCAACGCACUCGACGGUCUCGGAGUUGAAGUCUUACUCAUUGAUGAGACUGCACUUUCCGAAUUACCUGAUCCAACCCACGCGAUAGCAUCAUCAACAGUCAAGCCCCAGAAUGCAUGUGUGGUCCUGUUUACGUCUGGUUCUACAGGCAGGCCGAAAGGCAUGGUCAUCCAGCACAAUAACAUUUGCUCGUCCAGCGACGCAUACGGCGCUGACCUUGGCAUUGGACCUGGCACACGAGUGUUCCAGUUUUCAGCCUACACUUUCGACGUUGGAAUCUUAGACUGCCUUGUCUCGCUUAUGCGUGGCGCCUGUCUCUGUAUACCUUCAGAUCAUGUCAGAGUGAACGACUUACCAGGCGCUAUACGGUCUACAAAGGCUGACUGGGUAUUCUUGACGCCCACAGUUGCUGACCUGCUCUCCCCUGCGGAAGUCCCUAGCUUAAAGGUUCUUUGCCUAGGUGGUGAAGCUAUUAGCCAGAAGUGCGCAGACCGCUGGGUAAAUCAUGUCGAGCUGCAUGGCCUUUAUGGACCGGCUGAAGCGUCCAUUUGCGCAUGGAAUCCCACUGUCGGUCGCUCUGGUCGAUCAACAAACCUAGGUAGACCAUUGUCCAGCGCCUUUUGGGUCGUUGAACCGAGCAACUAUAGGCAGCUUGUGCCUGUGGGGUGUGUUGGAGAGUUACUAAUUGAGGGCCCUAUGCUUGCCCGAGGAUAUCUGAAUGUUAGCGACGACGUCGCGGCCAACUGGAUGGAAGACGUUGACUGGCUUCCCGGAGAUAAGAAACGAUUAUAUUGCACAGGCGACUUGGUUCGGCGUAACGCUGAUGGGACAUUUGAAUUCAUGGGCAGGAAGGAUACACAAGUCAAGUUGCAUGGCCAGCGCCUCGAGCUUGGUGAGAUCGAAUCCCGGAUUCAGGGAUUCCUUCCUCAUAAUAUGGCGACGAUUGUUGAUGUUGCUAAAGCAGAUGACGGCAGUUCCAAUGAUGUUCUUCUUGCUUUUCUCUGGUAUACUGAAGGCGAGGCUACUCUGUCACAGAGUUUCCGCCUUCUAGAAAGCGCAUCUGAGCAACAAAAAGAACUUAUUUCGCGUUUGAACUCGUCAAUAGCCACAUGUCUGCCCACUUACAUGAUUCCUUCGUCCUAUCUCAUUUUUGAAGGAAAACCAGAGCUGAUGGCAUCUGGUAAAAUAGACCGUCGCUCUUUGGUCAAUUAUGGCCGCGGCAUCUCCAUUAAAGAUCGCCUACGCUUUGCGCCUGACGUCUGCGACAAUGAGUCGCCGACAACCCAGACAGAGCUACAGCUACGGGAUCUUUGGGCCGAGGUUCUUGAAAUGGAUGAUCCAACAGCCAUUGGGAAGCACGACAGCUUUUUACAGCUUGGUGGUGAUUCUAUCAGUGCAAUCCACCUCGUCUCCUUGGCCCGACGCCACGACAUUAAUCUUUCAGUGGCGCUAAUCUUCAGCAAUCCUCGCCUUUCUUCUAUGGCAGAAUCCAUCCAACUUAGCUCCUCAGUGCGAAAAGACGAGUCAGUUGCGCGAUUCAGUCUCAUUCCGAUCGAUGAUAGUUCCGAUGCCCAGCAGGCGGUCAUGGCACAAUAUUUUCAACAAACCUUGAUGGCGUUGACCAUCGCACAGCCUGGUUCUUACAUCUCAAAGCACAUAUAUCGCCUCGAUUCCAAUAUCGACAUUGAUCGCUUCAAGGUGGCUUGGGAACAAACCGUACUUCGCUUUACGAAUCUCCGUACACGGCUUGUGCUCUCAGGAAGCACUACAGUUCAGGCAGUCAUCAAAGAGCCAGUUGCCUGGUCUCACAACUACGCUGACCUUUGCUCAUUUACCCUGUCACAAAAGAAUACUAGUAUGGCAUAUGGCUCGCGCCUCUGCGAGUAUGCAAUAAUUUCUCAAGGUUGCGAUACUUACUUUGCGUUAAACAUCCAUCAUGCCAUCUUCGAUUGGCAGACUCUUUCAAUGGUGAUCAAGACGCUGCAGGCUAUUUAUACCCAGAGCACGCCGCCAUCUCUAGUUCCAUACAGCAACUUUAUCCAGUAUGUAAUGGAUCUUGACCGAGAUGCUGCACGCAAAUAUUGGUCCACGCAGCUUUCCGGCGCCAGACGCACCACAUUCCCCAUGCGCAUCGCAUCGCACAAACCGCAAGCAUCAAAUAAGGCCAAUAGUAUGACGAGUAAGCUAAUCCACUUCCCUCGAUCCGCAAACUGCUCUACAGCGCUUAUCCGAGCUGUGUGGUCAAUUAUAUUGGCACAAUACGAGCGGACCGAUGAUGUAUGUUUUGGCACAGCUGUCUCGGGCAGACAAGCCCCAGUGGAGGGUAUCGAUGAGAUGCCGGGUUCUGCACAAGCCUCAGUUCCCAUCCGAGUCCGCUUAGACAAGCAGCAAACUAUUUCAAGCUUCCUUCAAGAUUUGCAAACUCAGGCUCUUGAAAUGGCAGUUCAUGAGCAAUAUGGGCUACCAAGUAUCUCGCGAAUCAGCGCCUCUGCCAAGGAUGCCUGCAGGUUUACAAACUUCCUCGUCAUUCAGUCUGAUCUGUCAGCGCAAGAUGCCGCCUCCCUGCCUGUGCUUCAUUCCGCCGUUGUUGAAGACUUGAAAGAUGGCGCACCGCUUGGUGAUGGUUUCGACUACAUGUAUCCUCUCAUUGUCCAGUGUCAGUUGCUCAAGGAUAACAUGCAGCUAGCUUUAAUCUAUUCUUCAGAUUUCCUUCACGGCUCUCAGGCUGAUGCUCUCCUUGAGCAAUUUGAUUACGUUCUUGGACAACUCCGAAAUGCUAGAGGAGAAGAAAGGCUAUCAACCAUAUCUGUGACAAGCCCGUGGGACGCACGGCAAGCGAUCCACGCGGCUAAAGUUGAUCUUCAGCCGAUCGAACCAAGGCUUAACGGUGAAUUCUCAUUACAAGAGGUCCAUCGUUGUUGGAUUGUGGCCCCUGAUAACCACCAUAAACUCGCUCCCAUUGGGUGCGUGGGUGAACUCGUACUGCAGGGCCACGCGCUGGGCGGUACCUCUAAAAAGGCUGCAGAGAUGUUUAUUGAUCAUUUUGAUUGGCUUUCUGACGCUCAAGCCAGUGAAAAGCAUAAAUUUUACAAGACGGGCGAUCUAGUUCGGUAUAAUGCCGACAGAUCUAUUGAUUAUGUUGGCAGAAAAGAUGCGCAAGUCGAGAUUCGAGGCCAACAGGUGCAGCCCUAUGAGAUCGAGGCUCAGAUCAAGCUCCUUACUCCUCAAGUUAAAGAAGUAUCAGUUGAUGUGAUGAUAACCGACAGUGACAAAUCUUUAAUCGCCUUCGUCGCCUUUGAAGAUAAAACAAUCACUAUCGAAGCUGCAGCUGUUCAACUGGUACCACCCAAUGACAAAAUGCAACAGCAUCUGUCCCACCUCGGUAGAAAUUUAACCGCUGCUUUGCCAAUUCAUAUGGUUCCCAAAUACAUCAUCCCUGUCAAGUACAUGCCACUCAAUGGCUGCGGCAAAAUCGACAAGGCAGCCCUCCUUCAUACGGCCAUGAAGCUUUCUACUGGGACUCUUGGAAGGUAUCUGGCCAGCCAACAUCCGCCAUUCCGCGAUUGCUCGUCUUCCCUUGAGCAAUGGGUCCUAGCACACUGGGCAAUUAUUCUUGAUAUACCUGCAGAGACUAUAGGCGCAGAUGAUAACUUCUUUCAGCUUGGUGGCGAUUCAAUCCAAGCCAUUAGCAUUCUAAGGCUGGCAAAAGACAACUUCGGUGUACCUAUCGAACAAUCUUUUAGCGGCAAUCACACAACAAUCAGCAAUAUGGCAAAAUUGAUUGAGACAGCUCUGGAAGACGAAACUACAGUACCAUGCUCUCCAACGUCAGGCAUCGAUUUGCUAGCCAAGAUCAAUUCCAUUUGUAGGGCAUCUUGGAUAUCACAUCCACACGCUUUGCAGGCAAACCCUAUCACUACGAUCCGUAACCAAUCGACCAUCUUUCUCACCGGUGCCACCGGCUUCCUUGGCACUGAGAUUCUGAAACAAUUGGUAAGAAAUCCGGCAGUACGAUCUGUUGUUGCCCACGUUCGUUCAAAAUCGGUACCCGACGGAAUGAGGCGUAUCCAAGAGACGGCCAAAAUCGCAGGUUGGUGGCGUGAAGAAGACGCUGAUAAGUUGGAAAUUUGGCUAGGCGACCUUUCCGAGGCUCGCCUUGGUCUCAAUGAAGCCCAAUGGAAACGCCUUUCUGGGCUAUCCGAGUCAGAGAGCAGCAUCAAUGCCAUUGUCCACAACGGAGCUUCUGUCAAUUGGCAUGCCACCUACGAUACACUAUGCCUUCCCAAUGUCAACUCGACCGUCGACCUACUGAUGGUGGCUGCAACAUCACCUACCCAACCAAAGUUUGUAUUUGUCUCAGGCGGAGCCUUCACAAACCCCGACGAUCAUCGGGCUAUACCUGCCGUCUUUCUCAGGGAUACCACCGCAUAUAUCCAAACAAAAUUCGUCUGCGAAGAGGUUAUCAAGAAGAUUACCCGUAAUCUUCCCUCCAACCAGAACCGAGUGUCGAUUGUGAAACCUGGGCGGAUAAUCGGCGCGAGCGCGAGCGGCGGCGUCGCCAACACAGACGACUUCAUUUGGCGCGUUGUGGCCGCAGCCUCGUCCCUUCGCGCAUAUCCCGAAGAACCAGAAGAGCAUUGGAACUUUAUCCAAGACGUCAGCUCCGUCGCUUCAGGCAUUCUACAUCAGAUAUUCGACAGUGCAAUCACGCCAUUCUUGAUCUCUGGAAGCGGCAUGCCCAUACCAAUUUUCUGGGACCUUGUCAAUUCUGAGCUGGAAACCCCGUGCAAGCCGGUACCUUGGUCUGAAUGGCUUGAGCGCGCGACAGCCGAGCUGGAGGAAGUCGGUGGCAAGCAUCCGCUGUGGACGGUACAGAAAUUUCUUCGUCAACUCGGCGUACCACAAAACGCCAUCAACUAUAAAGGCGUGGAAUAUACCGAGUAUAAAGAAGCACAGGCGGCAGUCAAGAGUAAUGUACGCUAUCUUAGGAGUAUUGGAUUUAUUUCUUCGGAAAAUGGAUUUGGCAAUACUGAGCAGGAGAAUGUGAUUCGGCGUGUACACGCAGUGAGGAAAUUGGCAUAA